ACAUCCCAGCAUACACUGCGUUACGGUCUUCCGGUGAGAGAGGACAUCAAUCAUACCAGAGAGGACACAAGAAACAGUCCAAGUGUUGACAUAGUGAGACCGCCAGCUAGCCAGCAUGUCUGACGUUAUUGAGGAGAAGAUAAAGAACUACAGGACGGCUCCCUUCGACGCCCGCUUCCCCAACACCAACCAGACCCGCAACUGCUUUCAGAACUAUCUAGACUUCCACAGGUGCAACAAAGCUUUGUCAGACAAAGGCCAGGAUGUGGCUCCCUGUGACUGGUACCAGAGGGUCUACAAGAGUAUCUGUCCCAUGAGCUGGGUCGCCAAGUGGGAUGACCAGAUAGAGGCCGGCAGCUUUCCCGGAAAGAUCUAAAAUGGCUGACCUCAGGACUUUCUGUUAGCCACACCUUCAACUUUGACCCUGUAGUGUGCCUAAGGACAUGUGUUGACCACGUAUCACACCAUUCUUAAUGUUAUUAACAGUGUUACUUAUGUUACAAGCACUUAAUAAAAAUGCGCACCCGUUUUGAA